AUGUCGAAGGAGUCCCUGAACAACGUGCGUGGCUGGUUUUUUGGGGCCCGUUCGGACGAGUCAUACAUCGCUCUGCGUGAGGACGGAGAAAGGAACCGGUCAAUGGAGCUGCCAUCCAACGAAGAUGAAGCGAUGCCAUCACCACCUCGCGCGUGGAGCUACGAUUCCAGCUGGCAUCCCAAAGACGCCGUGCGACGCAUAUGUUGGGCGGUUUUGCCGUCUUUUCUGGCCCGCGCACUGGGGCAUGUUGAUAAGGAAGGGGAAAUCCCUAUGGCCAGCCCAACAUCGUAUUUGAACGGCCUGCGUGGCCUGGCAUCAUUCAUCGUCACCAUCGGGCACAAUACAGAUGAUUACCUGUGGAUAUACCGUGGCUGGGGCGAAACGGCCGAGGAUCGUUCCCUGAUACAACUUCCCUUCAUCCGGCUCGCGUACUGCGGAAUCUACAUGGUCACCAUAUUCUUCGUCAUCAGCGGCUUUGCGCUCACGUAUAGCCCCUGA